UAUGGAGCCUCGGCUAGGACCCAUUAAAGAAAACAUAGCUUUUCUAGCUUUCCUUAAGCAUGGAGGGCGAGCUAGUACAUACCUAACGCCUCUACGUCACUAUAAGUUAAAAAAGAUAUCCCAAGGUUGGAGCUGUCUACAUCGAAGAAAAUAUCAGCCAAAAUGGUCUAAUUAUACGUUCCGCGACGAAUAUAGGAUCAUAAAAGGAAAGGCGUUCUACAUGCAACCGUAUCGCCGAAUUCUUAAAGCAUCUGUUAGGAAAAUACUUGGUCGGUUACGGUCGAAACAUGCACAACACACAAACAAGAUCAGGCCUCCUCUACUCCAAAAGUUACAGCAAUUAUUAGAUAUCCUAAAGAAAGACGAUCGUCAUAAUCAUCUCCGAGACAGCUUUAACAAGAGAGCUAAUAAGCGAUUGCAUAUAAGGAAUACUUUCAAGCGUCCAAGCUCUGCUGCUUCAAAUUCUAGAAAGUCAGAAAUGGUUAUCAACCAUGAAAGCAUAGUCGUGGCAUGUACAUUUGGAGAACCUUGUUAUACGCGUUAUCCAAUACUCCGCAACAUUCGGUUCGAAGCGGUGACUAUGUCUAAUUGUCCCAACAAUGAGCAAAGCAUAGACUUGUCCGAACCGGAUAGAGGGCUUUUUAGGUCUUCUUCUUCUCUUUAUACACAGGAAACGCACCAGAAGAUUUCGACCGCGGCACGACAGGAAGGUAGAGUCCAUGCGGAGAUUCAACUUCUUUGUUUCUACGAAAGCUUGGAGUCAAAUCCAGGAAUCAUCAGACCACGUGUUAUCUGCUCUGAAAAGCAUGCUUGCUUUCUUUGUGACAUCUUCAUAAAAGCUCAUGCUCAGUUCUACACGCCCUCAACACACGGGACUUUUUAUCCGCGGUGGAGAUUACCAAAACCUGGAGGAUUCAAGAUUUCAAGCACAAAGAUUAUGUCUACCUUGCACCGUUUCAACAAAUCUCUAGAAGAAGAGAUAAUACAAGACCGCUCAGCCCUG